CGAGUUCGUGUUCUUCUUCUCAGCUUCAGCUAGCUCAGUGGCUCCCAAACCUUCCAGGUGUCUCAACUCACCUGGUGAACGUGUGUCCAAGAUCGGAAAAGUAAAGUGUUUUAACUGUUCCACAAAUCCUUCAAGUGUCCCCUUACGAACUUAAGUCACCUCGUUUUUUUAAUUGUGCCGGUAUCAGUUUCAAAAAUACUAUAAACAUCUUUUCAAGCCCUUCGAGUUUAUAGCAUCCAUCCAAGAAUAAUAUAUAGAUUACAAAAGUGCGACUGCGGAAGUCGAUCCAGAAUCCUGCAGAAAGGUGAGCGCCGUAGGCGUAGGGUAUAGAAGAAAAAGAAAACGAUGCUGAAGCAAUGCAGGGUCGACCACGAAGUCGAGCAUGCUUCAGUGAUUUGAAUUGGAAAGAGCGUGGAAGGAGUUUCUUCUCAAAACGUGGAAGGGAAUUCACGAAAAACGGCGAACCACUACGGCACUUAUUAUCAUCCGAGCUCUUACGCUUACAGCCAGGGUCCACCGAGCAUCUACAACGGCUGCCAUCAGGCGAAUGGUUACAUUCCACACCAGUUCCAGGAGGACUACAGGCCAAUAUACUUUUACGUAGCCCAACCCUACACGAUUCCAUAUACCUUCGCCAAAAGGCCAAGACCUUCUUCUCUUCAAAAGCCAGGAAAGCCGAGGAGCAACUGCCGUGUCAAGUUUUCCAAAAAGUUAAAUACAGCUGAAUUCGAUCAGAAAGUCAAGCAGGGCGAGUUCUCCAAGAGUCUCAACCAGGCUCACUUUGCUCAGACUCAGGCGCAAGUUGUUGCAACCUUUCCUAAGCCCGAGCCAGUUGUAAGUGAUACCAGAAUGACGUCCAUGUUUCGAAGAGGUACAAUAUUUGCAACAUUCUUCCUCUCCUUACUGAGUGGCGGAUUACUCUGCGGAGCCCUCGUGACCCAACAUUGGAUAGAAGCAAAACCAUGGAUUCCUGAUGGUCCCAAAAAUAGUGCUGGAAAAAUCCACUUUGGAUUGUUAAACGGCACAAAAGAGCUCAAUUAUGGUUACGGCUGGAGAACGCAUCAUUUUUCCGUUUCUGCAAUGAUUAAGCAAGAUCCAAUGGUUAUGUCUUGGGGUCUCUGGAUUGGAACAUUAGGAACAACUUCAGCUGCUUUAUUAACAGCUGCAUUAGCUGCACUUUUGGCUGUUUUAAAUACAGCCACGACUCCUAGAAGUAAAAUUCUUUCCGUCCCAGGCGUUUAUUUUAUUAAUAUUUUAACACUCCUAAUGUGCAUCGCUAGUACUGGCACGUGGUUGGCGCAAUACUAUCUGAAGUUGUACGUGAAUGUAUUACCCAAGGAGAAUCUGAACGAAAAAUGGACCAGCGAAGGAUCUGCUGAACUCGGAUACUCUUUUUGGUUUGUGGCGUCUGCCGGAGUCGUACACCUCAUCAGCAUCGCUUUGGUUGGUUGGGGUUCUGGCAGAAACAAGAAAGAUCGCUUGGAGCCCAUGGCCCCUCUAGAAGAAAAGACUGCAGCAGCCAUAAUGCUUUACUGAUUCUUUCAAUUUCAAGAUCUUUCUUUUUAUCAUUUAGCUUCUAGUAUCGUCUCUGAAACUUAACGCAGCUUAAGGCCUCUGGAAAUCAUCGAUAAAUCGGACUCCAUAAACUGAGGCGAAAUUUAUAAGCUAUUUUGUUUAGUUUUUUCCAUGCACAAUCUAAAGAGUGGAAAGCUUUCCGCUAAUGGCAAUUUUUCCAACAAAAAAUCUAAAAAAAGGAGUAGAUAAAACAGUUUUCUGCAUUGAUUUUUCCUCCCAUGACAUACCCCAGAUAGCAAAAUGUCCGCAUGGAGCCCGCAUGGUGCGAGCGCGACGUGCAGAUCAAUCCGCACGUCGUGAGGGCAAAGUUAGAGACAUUUAGCGUUAUAUAUAUUGCAUCUAAUUACAUGCUUACUACAGGCACACUUUUCCUGGAUGAUUUCAAACUGCUUCAAUGGAAGCGUAAACAACAUCCCGCAAUAUAACCGCGAUCGGAUGCUGCAAGAACUGGCACGACCUAUGAGCAGUCAGCAUGAAUCUGAGAAACCGUGUGCACGCACAACUGAGAUACGCACGCGAUAUUUUAAACGGCAGAGUUUUAGAGUUAGCUAUAUAAAAUAUUUUUGUAAGAAAAUUUCUUCAUAGAUAAUAUAAAAGAAUGAAAAAUAAUUAUAGCUUGAAAUUUCGACUUCUUCAAACUGCAUAAAAAUUAAUUCAAUAAGUUAUAUAAUCUUUAAAAGAAAACUUUUGAGCAUUUAGGUUUCUUACAUUGUAAUCAUUUAUGGCACGAUGUGAUAAAAAGGACUCCCUUGUUUAAUGGGUUUUUCUACUUAUUGUAUGGAAUUUUUAAAGUUUUUUUUUUACAUAUUUCAAAACAAAUUUAAAUAUAUUGAUCAUACUGAUUUCUAUGUACAAGAAUAUAUUUUAACGUGAUAAAUUACGUUCAAGUAUUACUUUUCUCUUGUAGAAUCAUAAUAAAGGACAUAAAUGGAACCCAGCAAACAUGGUUACCAAACAGAUCUGUAACUGUUCUAGAACACAAAAGAACUUGUUCUAGAACAGGUUAGAAACAGGUUACGAACAUGCGAGUAACUAUGUCAUUCCCCAUACGCUAAAAUAAUUCUGUAGAAGUUCUAGAACGCUGUGAAAUACGAACUGUAACAUUUCUAGAACAACUCUAGAACUCGGUUACCAGUCUUAUGUAACAAUUCUGUAACAGAUCUAAAAUUCUGUGACAACCGACGUGCAACAUUUCGAGAACAAUUCUAGAACUUAAUGACAAAUGUUGUAUAACAAAUCUGUAACAGAUCUAGAACGCGCUGACAACCGAUCUGUAACAAUUCUAUAGCUCAAUUACACAUGUUGGAUAACAAAUCUGUAACAAAUCGAGAAUUCUGCGCUGUGACAACCGAUCUGUAACAUUUCUAGAAAAGUUCUAGAACUCAAUUACAAAUGUUGUAUAACAAAUCUGUAACAGAUCUAGAACGCUGUAACUGAUCUGUUCUAAAAUAAACUUGGAACAAAAGUUAUAGAACGUCUGUGAUUGGUCAGUUCUAUAACAAUAACAUAACAAUCUUUCUAAAACAGUUAUUAAUCUUUGUUCUUAAUUUAUUCUGGAAUACACUUUUAACAGGAUUCUAGAACUUCGAUAUAACAAUAUUACAGCACAGUUCUACAACAAACUUGGAACCAAUGUUACAGAAUGUCUGUGAUUGAUGAAUUCUAGAAAACUAAUGUCUAAAACAGUUAUUAAUCUUUGUCUCUAAUUCCUUAUAGAACACACUUGAAACAAAGGUUUAGAACUUCGAUAUAACACUAUUACAGCACAGUUCUAGAACAAAAUUACAACAAAUAUUAUAGAACGUCUGUGAUCAGUUUGUUCUAGAAGAAUUCCGUAGCAACUGUUGCAGAACAGUGCUUUCACAUAGUUCGAGAACAGUUCUCCCACAAUUUUGUCACAGUGUUCUAGAACAGUUCGGUCACAAUUUUAUUACAGUGCUCUAGAACAAUGUUAUCUUUUUGUUCUGGAGCAGUCAUAUCACCACCUUGUAACAAAUUUUAUAGAACACAGUUCCUUUUUUGAUCUGGAACUGUAUCAGAACUUGUUUGCUGGGAAGUUACAGCAUUUUUUUUAAUUCGCACGUUACUCCGACACUUUGUCGCGAUAACGGUCACAUGUUAUGUGGCACAUCCCGCACACCGUUUGCGGGCGCAGUGGGAAUUUACAUACGAUCUGCAAGUCGUGCGGGCACUGUGUCGAUACUCCAGCAGACAUAUCGCGCUCUCACGCCGUGCGGCCUGCGUGCUGCAUCACGCAUUGUUAUGUGGUACCAUGCUUGUUACCGGUUAUAUCAGAGGAAUCGAAUCUGCUCGGUUCUGCUUUUCGGCGAACCUAAUGACAAAACUGAAAACUACCAUUAGAUUGGCUCCUAAAAAAUGAUGGUAGUUUUUUUGUCGUUAUGUUCGCCCAUGAACAGAACCGAACCCCUUCCGCCGGCAUUGCUGGUAACAAGCAUGAUAAGUCACGAAAACAAAAACCGCUGUAGAAAAUUGUUUUACCUACUUUUUUUGUAAAUAAAUAGUAGAAUACUCGACUACUGGUUGUCGGGGGAACACGAUCUGCUCGAUUCUGCUUUUCGGCAAACCUACCCAAAAAAAAGAAAAAAAAACCCAGGAACUUGGGUCCUAAAAGAUGGUAGUUUUUCGUUUCUUCGUGUAAAAAAAAACGGCAUUUACCGGGAUUCUCUGUACUCUUUAUAGAUUGCCUAUAAAAACAACUAGACAAAACGGCUUCUCCUUUUAGAUACAGUUUGUGAAUUCCGAUUGAACGAUAAUUUCCAUGGGUCUUAAAGAAGUUCCUAUUUUCGCCACUCGUCUUUUUAAACUCAUCGAACAAAAACCAUUACGAAGUAUCAUUUAAAAUAAGAAAAUAAAUGCAUAAAAUAAGAACUUGAAAAGUUAAAAACGAUCUUCCUUAGUAUUAAGUAAUCCGCAUAUCGCUUAUUUAACUCCUGUAAGAUAGGAUUCACGAAGUUUGAUGUCAAAUUGAAAAUUCGACAAAAUGUGCCUCUUCCCUAGAUGAUAAAACUUUUGUAAAUAGAAAAUGUGUGGCAGAUUUUUUGUACUCUUAUUUAUUAUAUGACUUAGGCGUAUAUCGUACAAAUACAGUAUUUAUAGCUUCAUACGUACCUCCGCCUUUUUUUAUUAAAAUUUCCCGUACCUUUCAAUAAUCGAUAAUAAAAAGCUACAUUGCUUCAACAUAUUGAUUAAUCAAAAUUUUUGAAUGUAGACAAGGGAACGUUAAUUAUGUGAGGAUUAUUUAUGACAUUUUUUUCAAGUAUUUUAAAGAAUUAACAUUUUUUACGGAUUUCACGGGUGGCGCAAAUCAUCAAUGAUUUUUGCGGAUUUCAAAAUAUUAUGCGAGUUUAAGAAAUUUCAAAAUAUUUUAAAUAAAUUACAAAAGUUUAAAGGAUUUUACACGAAUUCUUAUAAUACCGAAGCAUUUUCACGAAUAUUGAUGAAUCAGUCAAAAUAACUGAAUAAAAUUCGUAAAAAAUUUAACA